UAAGUCUUGGUUUGUGAGUGGAUAACGGCAUGUGUCAGUCUCACCAGCUGCUCCAAGUUUAUCCCACACGGCGCAGCUGGGCUGAUAUGGACGUGAGCUGAAAACAGACUGGACGUGACUCCAGGGAGGAGGAGCGGUGGGGCCAUGGCUGCCGGGGCUACGGUGGGGGAGAGCCAGCUCCAGAGGAUUAUCCGAGAUCUACAUGAGGCUGUUGGGGAGAUUGCUAAAGAGUACAAGGAAAACGGGGAGCCCAUCACAGAUGACAGCACCAGCCUGCACAAAUUCUCCUACAAACUGGAAUACCUGCUGCAGUUUGACCAAAAGGAGAAGACAACAUUUCUUGGAACAAAGAAAGAUUACUGGGAUUACUUCACCGAUUGCCUGGCUAAAAUUAAAGGUGCCAACGAUGGCAUUCGUUUUGUCAAAUCCAUUCCCGAGCUGAAGACGUCGCUAGGGAAGGGCCGGGCUUUCAUUCGUUACUCUCUCGUGCACCAACGAUUGGCCGACACGCUGCAGCAGUGCCUCAUGAACCAGAGAGUCACCAGUGACUGGUACUACGUAAGAAGCCCGUUCUUGAAGCCUCACCUCAGUGUCGAUAUCAUCAAUCACUUGUACGAACUCAACGACAUUCACUUUGAUGUCGCUUCCAGAGGCUAUGAUCUUGAUGCCUCCUGGCCCACUUUUGCAAGGAGGACACUGGGAGGUGCAAGCUCACCUGGACACACGUGGAAACCACCCAGUCGCAGUUCCAGUAUUAACAGUCUGGCCAGCAGUUACUCCCAGCAAGCAUCCGAGUUGCUCUCCAGCCCCGACUACGGUCACGGUCUGCUCAAUGACCUGAACGACUCGCUGCCCCCCUACAGCAAAGACGUUAGCACCGUCGAAGACCUUCGUCUGGAGCUGGACCGCUCCGAUCUGAGGCAGCAGGAGCUCCUGGAUAAAAUCAAGCAGCUGAGCGCGGAGGCCGAGGAGCUCAGAGGGGUUGUGGUGGAGCUCCAGAAGCAGCUGGAUAUAUCGCUCACCGCGCAAGAGGAGCAACGGGGUUUGCAGGGAGAGCUCAGGGGUCUGCAAGGGAGAGAGGAGAACCUUUCCAAAGAGCUGGAAAAGCUCAAGACUGGAGAAAAAACCAUGGAGGCCGAACAGCGACUCCUCCAGGAAAAGUUGGCGGCUACUGAGGCGAAGAACAUUGAGCUACUGGCGAAGUUGGACGGAAUUCUGAAUGAGAAGGGCCAGCAGGCAGCCAGUUACUUUGAUUCGGCACAAAAGAUACACGAACUGUUGGAUGGCUUGAAGGAGGCAGAGAAGGGGAAGAUGGAGGCAGUUACUGAGGCGGAGGAGAAGAGGAGACAGGCGGAAAGGGCGGAGGAGGAGCUGAGGGCGAAGGAGGCUGCGGCAAAGGAUGCCGAAACAAAGCUCAAAGCGAGACUUACGUCGGCCUCUGAGGAGAAAGGCCGACUGCAGACCAGAGUAGAGGAACAGUGCCACGCCCUUGAACAGCUUCAGGGCGCCUUGACACUGAGGGAAAAGGAGACCAGCAACUUACAGAGGCAGCUGCAGGACCUCCAAAACUCUCUGGAGGAGAAGGAUAAAGAGGCGGAGGAGGUGAAAAGGAGGGCACAAGAGGACCAAGUAGAGUUACAUAAAAACGUGGGUAGGCACAGGGAGACUUUAGAAGGAGAAAUCGUUUCUCUAAAAGAGCAAUGUGAGAUGAAGGAAACGGAGCUGUCCUACGGUUAUGAAAAGCUACAAGUUCUCGAAGACCGCAACCGAAGCCUGAGCGCCGAAAGGGACAAUCUGACCUCAAAGCUCAACACGCUAGAGAGUUGCGUUCAAGAGAAGGAGGCAAAGAUAGAAGACUACAAGACGCAGUGUUCCAAUCUAAUGGAAUUAAACGAGAAACUGCUGAACUCAGCAAAGAGAAACGAAGAGCUUAAGAAGGAGUUAGGAGAGAACCGGGCAGUUCUCGAAGGUGAAUUAGCAUCUCUUAGGGCUUCUGAAAAACAACUCAAGAAACAGCUGGAUGACGCCAAGAUGACCGUGGGCGAAAAAGAAAAGGGUUUGCGUGACGAAAACCUCAAACUGGAGGAGAGUCUGCAGCGCGCAACCAUGGCCGCCAAACUCUCGGAUGUUACGUCCCAGCAGCUUGAGAAGGAGAACCAGAGUCUGAGAGAGGAGCAGGACUCUGUGAAGGAAUCUCUCUUUCGCAUGCAGGGCGACUUGAAGAGCGUUCACGGGCAGAUCGGCGAGCUGGAGAAGAGCUUAGGAGACUCGCGCAAGCGCGAAGUCAGCCUUCAAGAGCAAGUGCGAGCCAUGGAGGCGCAGCUCGAGAGUAAAGACAAGCAACUUCUUGAGGUCCAGUCCAGGGUGGCGACUCUGGAGGCCACAGAGAAGGAGCUGCAGUUGGCAAAGGUGAAAGCGGAAGCAGCUUGUGCGAAACAGACGGAAAUGAUUGAAGCGGUUACGUGUGAGAAGCAGGCGAUGGAGAAGUGUCAGCUGGAGAGAAGCGCCGUCCGGGCUAAAGAGAACCAGGAAGUGGCCGUCAAGUUGACCGUGAUGGAGGGCCAAUUGGAGGUGAACAUAAAAGAAGUGUCCAGACUUCAGGCGGACAUCCUAGACCUCAAGGUAAACUUACAGAGAUCGGAAGAGGAGAAGCUCAAGUCCCAAGCGCAGCUGGAGGUGACCGAGGCCCAAAGAAAUGAGCUCCGGACUCUGACCGAGCAGCUUAAAGUCCAGACUGAGGCCCUGAACCAGAAGCACGUCGCCGAGCUCCUCGAGUGCAAAAAGAAAGAAGAGGCGCUAACCGAGCAGCGCGACAGGGAGAUGGCCGCCCACGCCGAGCUUUCCAUCUCUGCCGCCGCCCUCCGAGAGGAGAUGUCCGGCCUUAAAACCGACAACAACCGUCUCGCCCUGGAGAACACGGAAACCCGGGAAGGCUUGCACAGGGCCAACACGGAGAUGGCCGAGCUGGGAAUGACCAUCUGUAAGCUCAGCGCCGAGAAGGAGGAGGCCAGGAAGCACUGGGCCGACGACACCGCCGCCAUCGAGGAACUGAGGCACGAGGUCGAGCGCCUGGAGGAGUGUGUGAGCCAGUUGCAGCUUGAGAAUGACAGACUGGAAGGGGAGCUCAGCCACAAAGAGAAGCUCCCGGAGGCUAUCGCGAAACUUCAAGGACAGCUGGAAAAGAGCAAGAACCAGCUGCAGAACCUCAAGGUCUCCAACCAAGAGGAGGUGAAGUCCCUGAAGUUCCAGAUGAGCUCGGAGAACAUGAACCAUCAAGUCCAGAUGAAGAAUGUGGAGAAGGAGCGAGUCGAGGUCAAACGGCAGCUUGAGGAGGAGAAGAAGAAGGUGUCCUGUUUGCAAGAGAGAGUGUCUGAACUUGAGGCUGAGAAUGAGAAGUACCUGCAGCUGAGCGGUGAGAAAGAUGCUCACAUCACCAAGACUGAAGCGACGGUUCGUGAGAACGAUGGAGCGAUUCAAGAGCUAAGAGACGCGCUAACCAGCGCCGAAAGCUCACACUUGGCUGCGCAAAACGAAUGCGAGGAGUUGAAACGGGAACUGGGAGCGACCCAAGACGCGAAACAAACUCAACACCUGAAGAUGGCAGCCGAGAUUGAUGACCUCAACCGGACCAAGGUCUACCUGGAGGAGCGCCUCAUUGAGCUUAUAAGGGACAAAGAUGCCCUGUGGCAGAAGUCGGAUGCGCUGGAAUUUGAGCAGAAACUGCGAGCGGAGGAGCGUUGGUGGUUGGCGGACAGAGAAGCCACUCACUGCUUGGGCUGUCAGGGCCAGUUCACCUGGUGGCUGCGCAGGCAUCACUGCCGACUCUGCGGCCGCAUCUUCUGCUACUACUGCAGCAACAACUACGUGAUGGUCAAGAACAGCGGUAAGAAGGAGCGCUGCUGCAGGGACUGUUACAGCCAACACGGCGCCGUGGUGGAACGCUUCACCGCCGCCGAGCUGAGCCCGUCUGAUCAGCAGCCUUCUCCAACGGAAGCCGGGCCUCAUCCUACCCCCGAGCCUGCCCCUUAUAAACCCACUCCCGGUGUCACAGUUUCAGACCCGAGCCACAAGCCUGAUGACGGCACUUUUGAUAUCAUCACAGAAGAAGAGGUAAAUGGCGUGUAUGACAGUGACACCAAUUCACAGACCACAGGCGGCUCUUUUGAGGGAGAACAGCAGGAGCGAAGGCCACCCGGAUCCUUGGACAUAGGUGUAGGAGAAUUAACCCCUGACGAACCGGAGGAGAAUGUCGCCACCGUGCAGGACUCGGAAAUCAACCUUCUCAAGUCAGGAGAACUCACGAUGGCCGUCCCGCUCACCAUCGAGGAUAUUUCCCACUUUGGUGACGGCUCGCGCGAACUCUUCAUCAAGUCCAGCUGCUACAGCGUGGUGACCGUUGCUGUGGCUGACUCUGGGCAAACCAUCAGCUGGAUGUUUUCCUCUGAACCUAAAAGCAUCUCCUUCAGUGUGGUUUACCAGGAAUGUGCUGAAGCUCACUUGGAACAAUCAAAGGUCCUCAUUCCACUGACUCGCUGCAAUUCCCACAAAGAGACCAUUCAGGGACAGCUGAAAGUGCGUCGACCGGGAACCUACGCGCUCAUCUUCGACAACUCUUUCUCACGGUUUAUCUCCAAGAAAGUCUUCUAUCAUCUGACCAUGGAAAAGCCCAUCAUCUACGAUGGAAGCGACUUCCCCUGAAGCUUUAGCGUCACAUGGACGUCACUUAAGUAUCGCCAUGGAAACUGAAGGGAUAUUAAGG